AUGGCUGUCGUGCAGUCAAAUAUGGCUGUUGAAUGUGAAACCUCCAUUGUUUUUAAUGAAUUUAAGCACUUUGAUGAGUUUAACUCUCUUGUUGAGGAGGUUUGUACGUCUGUUGGGGAUGUUCGAAAAGAAGAAAUGCUCUUGACCAAAUUUACAGUCAUAUUUGGAUGGUACCAGGAGCAGCCACACCUUCUAGACCCACAUUUGACUGCAAUGCUUGGAAAGUGCAUUGCUUUAAUCUAUCAGAACAUUGACUCUCCAAGAACAUAUCAUUUUGUAUUUAAAAUAAUUCACCUAAUGAUAAACACAAGAGGCUAUAAAUGUCUUGUUCGCCUUAUGCCCCACACAGUUGAUGACCUAGAACCAGUACUUGACCUUCUGAAAACGCAAGAUCUUAAUGAUCAUGACAAUUGGCAAACCCGAUAUGUUCUUUUACUUUGGCUAUCGAUAGUUAUAAUGGUUCCUUUUGCACUGGAGCGACUUGAGAAACAGGGAAAGCCUCCUCUGAGUGAAUGCGUUUUAAACGAAGCCAAGAAACAUGUUGUCCUGGAUGACGUUACUCAGGAUGGCGCUGCGUAUCUUUUAGCCAAGCUUAUUUCUCGCCCAGACGUCUAUCCAUCAAAACUUGAAGACCUAUUCCUUUGGGCUGAAUGUGAACUGAAAGAUGCUAACUGGGUUGAUGACUCUCAUAAGGAUCAGAUGCGUGUGUCUGGCUGUCUGCGUAGCUUCGCCAACAUUUGCAAAAUCGUUCCUCGUGCCGUUCUAUAUCCGCAUGCUUCACGUCUGCUUAAUAUUAUCAACACACUUAUUCCUGAGAGGAUUAAUAAAAAUGUCCUUCUCGCACGUCUUCGCACCAAACUGAUCCAGCGUAUUGGUCUUCUCUUCUGCCCCCGCAGGGCUGCCGCUGCCUCAUGGCGUUAUCAGCGAGGUUUCCGUUCGCUUAUGGAUAAUCUCAGUUCCAUUAUGCAAUCACAGACUAAUGUUUUGUGCGGUGGUGAUAUGUGUCUUUCAGACGCCGCCUCUUCUACAGAGUCCUAUUUAACGUCAAAAACUCAGGGAAAUGAGGAAAAAGAUGAUGAUGAAAUUAUUGAUGUGCCUGAUGAAGUUGCAGACGUUAUUGACCAGUUAAUUGAUGCGUUAAGAAGUAAAUUUACAUAUGUUCGGUGGUCAGCUGCCAAAGGACUGGGGCGAAUUUGUUCACGACUCACGGCUCCUUUUGUGGAUGAUGUGCUCUCAGCUAUUCUUAAUCUCUGUACGCGACUGGAGCCCUUCACGGCAUGGCAUGGCGCAUGUUUUGCCCUUGCAGAACUCGGUCGACGAUGUUUGCUUCUGCCCGAGAAACUCCCAGAAGUUAUUCCAGUUGUUUUGACAGCACUCUUUUAUGACGAAAAAUCGGGAGACUGCAACUUCGGGUCAAACGUCCGAGACGCUGCCUGUUAUUGUUGUUGGGCGUUUGCCAGGGCCUACAGCGCCUCUGACUUUGCUUGUCAUGUUCAUGAAGUUUCACGCAAAUUAAUACUGUCAGCGCUGUUUGAUCGAGAGCUGAAUGUUCGUCGGGCAGCCGCGGCUGCAUUCCAGGAAAAUGUUGGUAGACAAGGCCAAUUCGCCAAUGGCAUAGAAAUCAUUACCACUGUUGAUUACUUUGCCGUCGGAAGCAUUUCUAAUUGCUACCUUAACCUGAGUAAAUUCGUAGCCGGGUUUGAGGAGUACACGUCUGCCGUUAUCGAGCACCUUGCAUUCGCAAGACUCGGACAUUGGGACGAAAAUAUCCGGGAUAUGGCUGCCCGAGCUUUAAACAAACUAACUCCGCUAGCGGUGGAACAACUGCAACAGUCAAUUUUACCCAAACUCCUGCACAAUGUUGGCAGUUCUGAUUUGUACAUGCGACAAGGAAGUGUUCUGGGCAUUGCUGAGGUAAUCGAAUCUCUCUCAGCGACUAACUCUCUUCCGGGAGAAAUUGUUGAUAGCAUAGUUGAAAUCUUUUCAAAGCUGGAAGAACGCAAGCACUUCCACGGGGUUGCAGGCGAACUAAUGCGCCGUGCUUGCUGUCGUCUCAUUGAGAAGGUCUCGACUUCCAAGCUCCCUCUUCAUGAACACCCCAUCCUUGAUCAACUUUUGGCCCAUCUGCUCGACUGCCUGAACGCGAAAACGGAGAGUAACCAGGUGGGCUACCUGGGGGUGUUAAGCCAGGCGCCUGGUUUCCUCUUUGUCGACGAUGUCGAGACGAGCCUCCGAGCAAUUAGCGCCUGUUGCCGACCAAACAAACAAACCGUCCUGUGGGGGAACGCUCGCCAGCGCGCACUCUCUGCCCUCACAGAGUACGGAUUUGCUGUCCCUUGUAUUGAGCUAAUGCAGACUUCUGCAUUUGUUAGUUACAAGCAAGAGUUUGGCUUCAGGUCAGACGAGUCUCGGUGUGACGGAAAGCCCUCCGAACCAUCUCGUUUGUGGUUUUUAUGCAAAUCUGACUUCUCCGAUUCGCAUAGGGUUGUCAAGAACAUUGGUUUGGAGGCGGACACGAUUUCGGACAGCCAACUCAAAUCCCUCUAUCCUGUUCUCAUUGGUUCCUUGGCUGACUACACAACUGAUUCUCGCGGCGACAUCGGCUCAAUGCAAGUCAGCCACUUGUGCUUUACAAUCAAGACCUUCCUUGUAGAACGGGUGGUGAAAUGCAACCAUGAAUUCGGUCAUGUUGUAGUGAACCGCAAUCACGCGCGUGGUCCAAGAAUGCCGGUACAACCCGGAACUGGAGGUGUAGUCGUCUCUGACCGCUCUCUUAGUAAAUACAACACUAGGAUAAGAGUGAUUUUUUGGGGGGGAAUUGGCAUGCUGCAUCUGUUUGUGAUAAUCCUCGUGCGUAAUUCGUGUAAUUUUAGAAUGGAACAGGUCUUUAUGCAGGUCGCCCGACAGGCGGUGGAGAAGAUCGACCGGACAAGGGCCACAGCAUGUCAAGUGUUUGUUGGUCUUCUACAUCAUGAGUACGUGUGCACAUUCCUUUUAUGUUUUCCUCUUUUUCACCCAAUUUUAAUAUGGAUGUCUUACUUUAGACCACAAAUUCCUCACAUUCCUCACGUCGAAGCUCUAAUGAACAUAUUUACCGAGGAGGCCGUUGUUGACAUUCCUUGGCGCGUUGCUGAAAGCACCUUCCCCUUGUUUGUGCAGCUGCUGGACUUUCCCGACUUCUACUACCAACUGGUCCUUGGUUUCGCUGUCAGUGUUGGCGGUGUAACUGAAAAUACGGUAAAAGCCAGCUCUGCAGCCCUGCACGACUACAUUGUCAAACACGAGUCCGAUCACGACUUUAUUUACGGAUUGAUGAAAACCGUCGGCCGCGCAUUCACAAGCCUCAACGAACAACCGAGGGUAUGCCUUUCCUUGUUGAAAUUUCUCGAUUUCCUUCUCUGUGAUCCUGUGGUCGCCUCAUGCAUGGAGUCGCACUUGCCUCUUGUUGAACAGAUGGUUUCUUCUACAUGGAAACACAUACGGUUAUCAACGGAGAUCCCAAAACUGAAGGCUUCCAUUGACAUAUACGGCGCCGUUCUGCAAUUCCCAGAUCCUGUUCGAUUCAAAGCAGCCCAAUACCUCACGCAAAGUCUUCGCCACCGCUAUCCUAUUAUCCGCAAAACAGCUGCCUCUAAGCUUUUUGAGUGCCUUCUACUUUACGAUGUAGUCGCACCAGAAUCAACUGAAGAAUUGUCUGCCUUGCUAACGGAAACUGUUUGGCUACUUGGAAUUUGUUCACGUGGUGAACAGGGCUCCGAGAGCGCCCGCAUCAGACGGCAUGGAGCAGGAUCUGGCGGAGCUCAAGCCUACCCGGCUGAGAAUUUGCGAACUCCUCGGCGUCCCCUCUACGAGGCCGGACUCAGCUGCUUCCACUGA